ACGAGGACGCCAUUGCAGCCGCAGCUGGCCGUCUGUGAUUUAGGAGGGACUAACGUUAUUGAACUAUGUCGAGGGGCUUCUUUGGACCUUUUUCAGGCUCAGCCCUCAGUCACUGCGGGGUUGUAGCGUGAAAACAGACAAGCAGGAUGGACGGUUCACCUUCGAUGAGGAGACAAUGUGGAGCCACCGCGCCGAACCGAAGCAGUCGCCAACCCUUCCUACACCUGUCUGGUGGCCCAGCCUCGCACCAUGAACACCAGUAGGAACUGCACCACAGUGGGGAACGGUGAGGGUCUGGCUGCCCUGGAGUCGGUCUCCAUUGUAACCAUCACACUCCUCGCCUGCCUGGGGAACCUGUUGAUCGUGGCGACCCUCUAUCGCAGGCCUUAUCUGCUCACGCCCAGCAACAAGUUUGUGUUCAGCCUGACCGCGUCCAACCUGCUGCUGUCCACGCUGGUGCUGCCGUUUGUGGCCGUGAGCUCUGCAAAGAGGGAGUGGGUGUUUGGGGUCGUGUGGUGUAACUUCACCGCGCUGCUCUACCUGCUCAUCAGCUCUGCCAGCAUGCUGACCCUCGGAGCCAUUGCCAUCGACAGGUACUACGCAGUGCUUUACCCGAUGAUCUACCCCAUGAAGAUCACAGGGAACCGGGCAGUCGUGGCCAUCGCCUACGUGUGGCUGCACUCCCUGGUGGGCUGCCUGCCUCCUCUGUUUGGCUGGUCCUCCUUCGAGUUUGACUGCUUCAAGAGGACCUGCGUUGCGUCAUGGCACAGAGAGCCGAGUUACACGGCCUUCUGGGUCAUCUGGUGCAUCCUCCCCCCCUUAUUCAUCAUGCUCGCCUGUUACGGUGUCAUUUUCCGCGUCGCCCGCAUGAAAGCCCGGAAAGUACACUGUGGGACAGUUGUUGUGGCCCACGAGGACUCCACUGGGGUUCAGAAGAACGGACGUAAAAACUCAAGCACCUCGACCUCCUCUAAUGGAAGCCGGCGGAGCCUUGUGUACGCAGGGAGUCAGUGCAAGGCCUUCGUCACCAUCUUGGUGGUAGUCGGCACCUUUCUCGUGACCUGGGGGCCGUAUGUCGGGGUGGUGUGUACCGAGGCUUUGUGGGGACAAGGGAGUGUGUCUCAGGGACUGGAGACUUUGGUCGCGUGGCUGUCGUUCUGCAGCGCCGUGUGCCACCCGUUCAUCUACGGCCUGUGGAAUAAAACAGUGAGGAAGGAGCUGCUGGGGAUGUGUUUCGGAGAUCGCUACUACAGAGAGUCAUUCGCCACGCGGCAAAGGACGUCCCGCCUCUUCAGUAUCUCCAACAGAAUCACAGAUUUGGGCAUGUCCCCACACCUGACCGCUAUGCUGGCCGGUGGAGGGCAUCUACUGGCCCCAGGAAGCAGCACCGGGGACACUGGCUUCAGUUUCACUCAGGACUCCUGCACAGACGUGAUGCUGCUGGAUGACUUCUCCACCGACGGCUCCUCCCACCCACAACAACACGGGAAUCCAUCCGGGAAGAGGAGGAGCUCCGUCACCUUUGAAGACCAGGUGGAGCAAGCCAAAGCUGAAAACACAAGCGCGUCCUCGGUUCAAGUCCACGCAGAGGUGCACAAGUCUCUCGACAUCUUCGCCUCCUGCCUGGCAAAGGCGAUAGAGAGCGACGCUAAGCUCGCCCUGUUCGGGGAGGGUCUGGCUCUUCCGGGGGGACUGUUUACGACGAGAGCGGCACCGAGACCCAGAUACCUGGACGGUCAGAGACUGAGGCUGGAGAGUAUCGAUGAAGGGAUCGUUAAAGAUGACAGAGAAGAAGAACAGCAGCGGGAGGUGGAGGAAAAACCGGCCUGACCGCAAGCAGGUCUGUGGACAUGUUGUCUUUAGACGGUUUAUUAGUGAACCGCACAGGUUAGAGUGGUGCUCGUCAUGCUCUGUAGUGCAGUUUAUGAUCCUGAUCUGGCCACACAUGGGUACUCCAUACUUGAAAUUAUUAGGAAACAGGAAGAGGCACAUUAUUAAUUCCACUAUGUUGUACCAAGUGCACACCAUCAGCGUCCUUGCAAGCUUUUGUGUGGAUUCAUGUAAUCAAUAGGAAGCCUUAACUACUGUAACCUAAAUGAUCGGAUUGUUGUAGUAAUUUGUUUAUUGCUCUAUAUUAUGGUAUGUCCUCUGGAUUUGCCAUAACGUGUGCCUCAUCAGGGCUGGAAAGAAUGCAUUUGUUUCAGUCUGUUAUCAGAUCAUUUUAAACUUUCUCUUUUAUUACAUGAAGAGAAGGAAGUUUCAAACCCAACUUCUCUAUUCAGGUACAGAUGAAGGUGUGCUUGUACUGCACACCGAUUCUCCAUAAACACAGGUGUUUCCACUUAUUGUGCCCGCAGAGUUGGACAUGUGAGAGUUAAAAUACUGGACAUUGAAACACCAUAUCCAUUACUUUGGGUUUUAAUUAGCUUGAAUGACGGACUUUGAGUGAAGUGACGCGUCUAUAUUUAUUUAAUAUCACAGAAGUGUCAAAGUCGGAUAUAUCGGAGCUUUCAGAAGUUUCCAGUCUUAAACUAUUUAAAAGUGUGACCCCACUAUUACGAUAUAACUUGUAAGUAGAGCUCUUGUCAGCCAUAAUCAGUGAAAGGCCUUUAAUGUAAUAAAAGGGGAACUUUAAAGGGAGCGUAUAACACUGUCGGGAGUCUUUUGGGUGAUAGAAAUCACAGUUAUAGUUUGUCGUUUGGACAAGAUGGAUUUGUGUUUUCAAAAUAAUUACAGUAAGCAGAAGGCCUUCCUCUGACACACACUACAAAAUACAGUGUGUUUACAUACGGAUUACCCGUGUUAAGUGUUGCGUAUGAAAUGGUCAUAUUUAGCCUACGGAUUCUUGAGUUCUGUGACUUUGACCACCAAUUUCUAAUCAGUUCAGGUUUGAAUCAAAGAGGCCCUUUUCAUAGCAGCCGACCUAAAUGGAACGGGGCCAUAAUACAUUUUUAUCAUCUACACCUGUGUUAUUAGUCUAAACGAUGGGGACGUUUUAGAGUCCUGAUACUGCGCAUGCUGGCUCACUGUCACGGUUUACUGGGACACCUGAAUAGAACAGAGCCAUCGUUAAUGUUAUUAGUAACACCUGUGUUUCCUGCUGUGGAAGAGGCCUAUUGAGGGAGAUUGAAAACACAACAUUGCCUGUAGGUGUUGACAGCUGUCUUGUAAAUUCUGUAUUGUAAUUCAUAAGAGAACUUCUGUAGUGACACAGUUUGUCCAUGUAUUGCUCAGCCCUGCACUUAAUCAUAUGAAUCAGAUGGUGAACAGUUGUAGUAUUGAUACGGAACGGGGACAGUCCUGACAUUUCAUUAUUAGCAGCUACAGUAAUUACACUUGCAGUAUGUGCUUGCUCACAUAGAAACUACUCUCAUUGUGUGUCAGAGAAGGCGAUUAUUACUGCAUGGUCAGUAUUUUUACUUACCAAAAAAACAGUAUAUUCAGAAACUAUCCAAUGGGUUAAUGAAGUCCAAAAUUAGGUAAUAUGGAAACUGAUUAUCAGUAUUUCACAGGUUGUUAUAUUAAUAAAGCUGCAUUGGCAAAGGCCUACAUUUCAUAUUGUUGUGCACACUGUGCAGUGAUCUUUAAAAGUCAAAGAAAAAUAAAUGGUGUCGAGUUGUCUUAAGGAAAAACUGGUCUUAAUCAACAGUUUUAGUAAAUAUUCAAUGGUGCAUGUGGUUUACCUCAGUUUAUACACUCCAUCACUCCCUUUACUAUUCUAAAAGAAGCUCUAGAGGACAUUUGUAAUAAGUAGAGUGCUUCAGUCUUACCUCGUAUCUUUUAUAUUAUGUUUGGUACUAUACACAAGUGAUGUAACCUUUUGAUUUUCACUAUACAGUUUAAAGUAUUAAUAGAAAUAUUUGCAUUAAAGUUUUGUAUCAAGAUUCUUCUAUUAAAAUGUUUUCAUAAAAAUGUUCAGAACUCAUAUUUAUUAUUUUUCCUCUGAUGCCGUGAAGCUUGAACCAUGUUGGCGUCUAAAUGACGACGACCACCUGACCUGCAGUAAUACACUGGAGCUGUUUCACUCAUAUUCACGUCAAGUCAAAUACCCAGUUAUGACUCAAAAAUCAAGAGGGUCGUUUAAGAACAGUUACAAGUGUUCUUACAAUCAGACUGUU